AUGGCGCGCGGCCAGUUGCUGCCGCCGUUACAGAGCACGGCCCGCGAGGGCGAGGCAGCUGCCGCGGGGCGUGGCCACUACGUUGGGGAGAUGGCGUUGUCGUCGUUGCCGAGCACGACACGUGUGAGGGCGGAGGCAGCAGUCGGCCUCCGCCGCUGCCGGGCGUGGCCACUGCGCUGGGAAGAUGGCGCUAUCGCUGUUGCCGAGCGCGGCCCCUGCGAGGGCGACGCAUCCUCCACCGCCGCCACCGCUGCCGGGCAUGACCCCUGCGCUGAGGGAGAUGGCGUUGUCGCCAACCAGCGUGGGCGCGCAGAGGUGUUGUCAUCGACGAGGCCAGGUGCUGCUGCUUCCGCCGCCGCCCUCGGGCAUGGCCCCCGCGCGUGGAGAGAUCGCCCGGUUGCCGACUAG